CAUAGCGGCAAUCGAUGGAUGAAGAGAGAGUUUGUAAAUACACAUAUCUUUCCACUUGUUCAGGAGCUUACCUUUUGGAGUUCACAUCGUUUACACGAUCUCUUAUGCUGUCUUGCACCUUGGCUUUGUUGACCAUGGAUACGCCAUCCCAGAAGACAUUCUACAGGAGCUACUAAUGCAGAGCGUUUCUCACGCUCGAUCUCGGCGUUCUACCUCGUCACGCCAAUAAAAUCCUCCGUGACACUGGCUACAGUCAUAAGAGACGCCUCAGUAAGGUAAUGAGCACGACAACACCGUCGAGAUCAAGGACAAAGAGAAAACCAAACACUCACUGAAAACAGCAAAGAAGAAACGAAGAAAUGUACACGAUUCCUAUAAUGUUGCCACUGACAACUGGUUCGGUGGAGACGACGCUACUUUUGUUUGUCCCCAGUGGGAUCGUUGCUAUGCGUAUCGAAGGUACUGUGACGUCAUCACUUAACAGCCCCAUAGCGGCAAUGAAGAAGCCCACAAGCACACAUGACGAUUUUGUAAUCGACAUUACAUAAUAAUAUUUUAUUUACAUCGUAUACUGAAGUGCACAAUCCAGCAGAGAACGUACAUGUAAGUGGGUCUAACUCCCCCGCGACCACUGGACAUCAUGAUUGUUUCAAAGCGGAAUACACCCUGUGUCGAGCGUGGCUGUGACCAAUGGGACAAGCUCGCCUGUAUUUCAGCAGCUGUACAUAAACGACAGUCAAGCCUAAUGUUCUUUCAGUUGGACCUUGUUUUCUUGUGGAGCUGUACGGUGCGCUCAUCUCGGCUAGAUUGAAGAAGAAGAUAAGAAGGUUUGUGAAGUAGCCGCGUCUAGAGCAAUAAAUAAAUAACUACCAGUGGUAGACAAGCUGCUCGGGAUCGAAUCGAUCGUAUCGGAGGUGCCAGGGGAUCGCUUCCGAGAAGAAACUCAAAACACAUCGGUGCAUUGAUCAAAAGCCUGACGGAAACUCAACCGGCACCUCAACGACAUCCAACUUUCCAAGCAGAACUUCAGGAAAGAACGAAGGUGAGAGUCUGAAGCGAGAAUGUCGACCGCAGCAAAGGUUGUGCAGAAUCACGGGGCGACCUCGCCUUGUGAAGUGGUGAUGGACGUGAUGGUCAAUUGCGAUUCACCACCAUCACUGGAGGCGCAAUUGCCAGCAAGCAGUGAAGGAGUAGCUCCGGCACUAACGGCGCAGACUGUCGGUGAUAGGCUGUUGCACUGGAAAGGCAUCAUCAAGCAGAAUAGACAUUGUUCGUACUAUGCCGUCGGACAAGCCCUCCAUUCCAUUCUAUACGACGAGCAUCUUCUAAGCACUAGCUGUUUUCACGCGUGGACGAAAACUGAGGUUGGCCUGUCACGAAGCCACGCCUAUGAGUAUAUUCGCGGGUACAAGAUAGCACGAAUGAUCCGCAGUCAAGACCCCAACAUGUUAGUUCCGACGGCUUUGUCGCAUUUCCGAGUGUUCAACAAUAUUUCUUUGGAAGACAAUGCAGUGAAGGUGUUUCAGCUCUGGAAAGCAAUUCUGGAAUCAACACCACCAGAGAACAUACAUCAAUUGACAGCAAAGGAGAUCCUGGCCAAGGGCAAAUCUAUACUCUGCAACGGCACCAGCAAUGCGGACACCAUGCCAAAGCAUCAUCUCCAUGGUGAUGACUUUGAAAUGCAGGAGAGCCUACCUUCCUCUGCUUUGUCCCAGGUGGCUAGCAGUAACAAGAGCAGGCAGCCAGUUUGGGAACAUGAGCGCAGAUCCGUUGGUUACUCUCAAGCCCAGCAACAUGAUAUCGACUGUGAGGCGCAUGGUGACGUCGAUUACAAUGGUGCCUACAGAUACACUGAUGACGACGCCGAUGAGCAACCAAUGUUCGAGACCAACAGUCGGACGACACACGCAGGUCAAGCAAAGCGCCGCAAUCACCCAAGCAGACAUCGCAAUCACCCAAGCAGACAUCGCAAUCACCCAAGCAGACAUCGCAAUCACCCAAGCAGACAUGUGAUGAGUACCAGUGGUAACAAUGGCCACGGCAUGGUCAGUGACCAGCAACACGGCCAACAGUGUGAACGGCAUGUAAACGGUGACAUUGCUGUUCGUUCACCAGACGACGCGCUACCACCACUACCACCACUACCAGCACUGAUUCCAAUAUCCAUCACACCAGGACAACUGGCUGGUAUUGCCAGGCGAUUGGUUAGGCCUGGUUUUGAUGUGUCCGUGUGCCCAGCGGAGACAAGCGACGAGGAGUGUGUCAUCGAUGCAGCAACAACGCACAUGUCCCAUGGAUACAUGAAACCAUGGAGAGGAACAGUUUGGGGAAACUUCUCCGGACCCCGCUUUGACGACCAUGACGAACUGGCAGUCUACGUUGGUGCAGCAAUGGAGAGGUUCAACGAUGGAGAGUAUGACUCGGGAGUGUUCGUUGUGAAUGUGGCAUUCUUCUCCAGCUUCUUCCUCAAGCUACUCGAAUACCCGCACUGCUUUCUUCGGAAGCCACUAGAGGCUCACUUGCCAGGUGAUAGUACCAAUGAUGAUGCCAUCACCCACCACCAAGUCAUUGUUGCCUACUUUGGAAGCGAUGUGAGCCAGUUUGUUCAGGUCAUGACCAACCAUGGCUUCAUUCCUGGUGUCAAUAGCUGGUGUCCUUUCUAA